AUGAGGUUGUUUAACUUAGAGGGCAGCACAUGUUUUUCUUCAAAGACGGAAUUUUUGUCUGGCGGGAUAGAAACCAAAGUUGUUGCUUCCCCAGAGAAGAAAGUAGUGGAGGAAGAAAAGAAAAAGGAGGUUACCGAAGAGGAAGUUAAUGAAAAUUCGAGAUCAUCGGAAACUGAAAAUGGAGCUGAAAAUGAUGCCAAAACAAAUGGAUCAACAGAAGAAAAAGAAGCCGAUGAGAAAGAAGUUGCGUCGACGGAAAAUGGUGACUCUCCAGUAAAACCAGUCGAAGAAGAGGUAUGUUGCAUAAAAAGGAAAUCCACUGCUGGCCAAGAAGCCGUGGAUGCUACUGAUGGUGUAACUCCUGAAAAAAAGGCUAAAGUUGAAGACAAACCUGUUGUUGAAGCUGAAAGCAACGGUGAUUCCAAGACUGCUGCCUAA